GGUGAAAACAAGGAAGGAAUCACAAGCGGUCUGGUUGGCGUAAGAACACCUCCUGUACGGAGCUGAUACAGCUGGCGGGUUUGUUCAGGUUCAGACAUGGAUGUUCCUGAUUCACCGCAUGGGAAUAUGGGACUACUUAGGACCUUUGACUCCUCUGAGUUCUGCACCUGGGAGAAAAUUGGCUCAGGUGGAUUUGGACAAGUGUACAAAGUGCGGCAUGCUCAGUGGAAAACAUGGCUGGCUAUCAAGUGCCCUCCUUGCCUUCAUGUGGAUGACAAAGAACGGUCGGAGCUGCUCGAGGAAGCCAAAAAAAUGGAGGCGGCCAAGUUCCGAUAUAUCCUGCCUGUUUAUGGGAUCUGCGAGGACCCCCAGGGCCUGGUCAUGGAGUACAUGGAGACCGGCUCACUGGAAAGCCUGCUGGCCACCGAACCGCUGCCUUGGGAGCUGCGCUUCCGCAUCAUCCACGAGACGGCCGUGGGGAUGAACUUCUUACACUGCAUGAACCCGCCCUUGCUGCACCUGGACUUGAAGCCUGCCAACAUCCUGCUGGACGCACACUACCAUGUCAAGAUAUCCGAUUUUGGCCUGGCUCGCUGGAACGGCCUGUCCCGGGCUGAAGACAUCAGCAGAGAUGGCUUCUGCGGGACCAUUGCCUACCUGCCGCCUGAAAGCAUCAUUGAGAAGGACAGAGUGUCGAACACCAAACAUGACGUAUACAGUUUUUCUAUUGUCAUCUGGGGCAUCCUAACCCAAAAGAAACCCUACCAAGGAGAAAACAACAUCUUGCAGAUCAUGGUGAAGGUGGUGAAAGGAGUGCGUCCGGAUCUGGGGGCUGUGCCACGCAGUCGCCCUACCGCCUGCAUGGGCUUCUUGAGUCUCAUGCAGCGCUGCUGGGCAACAAACCCUGAGGUCAGACCCAGCUUCCAGGACAUCACAUCCGAAGCUGAGGAUCUGUGCUCGAAACCUCAAGCAGAGUCCAAGACUCCGACCUCAUCUGUGUCCGAGUCGGAGCCUACUUCUUGCGACAUGCUGUCCCUUCACCAGGUUCAAAACACGAAGCAACCCGUUCGUCCAAAAUCGGCCAUGUUGCCGGAAAAAGACUACAGUCUGUCUGAGCUGCUGACCCAGGUGGAUUCUGGGAUCUCGAGGAGCUUUGAUCGGCUGAAGGAAGACAGCAGCUACAGCAAAGAGAACACUUGCAAAAGGCUCUCGGGCAUGUCGUCUGCAGACUCUGCGUUCUCUUCGCAGGACUCUAUAACGAUGUCUUUUGAGAAAGAAAACACAAUUGAUUCUGCUGACGUCCACAAAAGGAAGUUAUGUGAUGCCAUCAGAACCAUGGACACAGCAAAGCUGAUGAAGAUCCUCCAGCCGCAGGAUGUUGAUCUCCUCCUGGAGGGAGGAGGCGGCCUCCUCCAUCAUGCCAUCACCUUCACCAAUGAGGAAGCCGUCAAGUUCCUCCUGCUGAACAACGCCGAUCCCAACCUCGCCAACACCCGCGGCUCCACCCCUCUUCACCUGGCCACCGAGAAGCACUUGAAGCCCCUGGCCGAACUCCUGCUCGGCCGGCGCAGCACCAACGUUAACGCCAAGGAUGAGGACCAGUACACGGCCUUGCACUGGGCAGCCCAGAACGGAGACGAGGCCAUGACACGCCUGCUGCUCGACCGGGGGGCAGCCAUCAACGAGACCGACGGUCAAGGGCGCACGCCUGCUCAUGUGGCGUGCCAGCACGGCCAGGAGAACGUGGUCCGAGUGCUGCUGAGCCGCGGCGCUGAUGUCCACAUCAAGGGGAAGGACAACUGGACGGCGUUGCACUUGGCUGCCUGGCAGGGUCAUCUGGGCAUCGUCAAGCUGGUGGUCAAGCAGGCGGGUGCCGACGUCAAUGCCCAGACGAAAGACGGCCGCACGGCACUGCAUUUGGCAUCCCAGAGGGGGCAGUAUCGAGUGGCGCGAAUCCUCAUUGAACUGAGAGCAGAUGUUCACAUGACGGCCUCUGGCUUGAACACGCCACUCCAUGUGGCGGCCGAGACGGGUCACACCAGCACGUCCCGCCUCCUUAUUAAACACUGUGCGGAGAUCCACGCCGAGAACAGCCAAGGAUUCACCCCUCUCCACUUAGCCUCCCAGCGGGGCCACCUGGCCACCGUCAAGAUGCUAAUAGAGGAGGGGGCCGACCCUCAAAAACUCAACCUGGACCAACGCACCCCCUACCAUUUGGCGGCAGAGUGCGGACACAGCGAAGUUCUGAAAAAGCUGCUCCUUCACUGUCCAGCCGGGGGCGCUCUGUCAGAGGAGCUCGGCCUUUUGCACGUGGCAGAGCGGGGGGAACGCUUGCCGGAGGACUCCCAGGACUUUCUUCGUGAGAGCUCGGCGCCAUCUGAGUCCGAGCAGCUACCGGAGGCUAAGCCGCUCCAGAGGAGAGUUGUCAUUCUCAAACUGACAGAGCACAACGACAAUCCGCAGUGUGCACCAGCCUUGUGCUAACAGGAGAAAAGACACUGCCAUGCCCACUUGGUGUCGGCAAAUCGAUGUAAUAUAAUAUGCUAAACACACGAUUAGGAUUUUACCAUGUAAAUAUGUACACUGUAAAUAGAGAUGUAUGUCAGCAUAUACAAUUUUACUUUUGUACCCCAUACCGUUUUUUGAACCGCAUAAGCACAUGUUGGUGGGAUUCCAUUUUGAUUAGGAAGCAUGGGAUAUUUGUGCACCUUUCUGAUGUUGCAGCUGCCUGUAAGUAGUGGAACACCAGCGCUUUUUGUUGUUGUUGUGUCGGCCAUUUUGGAUUUCUAAUUGGAUUCGGCGGUGUUCUGAGCCUGUUAAAGCCAUUAAAAAAAACCUUCAA